CCUUAACCGCUCCUCCUCCCUCUCUCUCUCUCUCAUUGUUAUCUCUCUCUGUGUUUUUUUUUUUACCUUGAAAUUUAGACUGUUCUUCCAAAACAUGGGGAAGAUCAAACACGAAUCGGAUCGAAAAUGGGUUUUGGUCUCUGAGAUUUGUUCUAUCCCAACAUCUCCUGUCUCUUGCGUUCACAACAGCACUUCAUGUUUCAUCGAUUGGUAUCUGAUUCUCGCCGUCGAAGAAGAUGCAAAGGCAGACGUUAUACGACGACGUUAUCAUGCAUUAGCUCUUCAGAUUCACCCUGAUAAGAACAAUCACCCAAAAGCAGACAUCGCCUUCAAGCUCAUCCACCAGGCCUAUUCAUGUCUGUCCGACGAAUCGAAGAGAAGAUCCUUCAAUUCAGAGAGAGAAAAGAGAAUCUGUCCCAAAUGCAACAGAUCUUCGUUGGGUAAACGUACCGAAACUAAACCGAACCGGUUCUCUCAAACCCUGAGGGAUAUAAGGGACAGGUUCAGAGAGGAGAACAAGGUGAUAGAGAGGUGUCUGAAGGCAAACACUGCAAGGUUCCCUGGAAACCAAACCGAGGAAACCCCGGUUUUCGGUAUCCCAAAUCGGUUCGGUAGAGAGUCCCCGGUUUUUGACCCGUCCGAUUACCGGUUUAGGGGUUAUCCACAUGUACGGAACAGGGUUUUCGAGAGAGCCCAAGGGUUUGGGUGCUUGGACAGGAACAACAUCCAUGAUUUGCCUGUCUUUGAGAAGAACAUUUCCGAUUGGAGAAUGUUCAGAAGCAGAUCCACUUGUGUCCGUUCCUCAUAAAUAGCUUUUGUUAUUUCAUUCUUCUUUUUCAA